UGCAACGGCGAAAACAUGUUCAACAUUGCGCUCGCAAUUGCAAUUUUCCAUCUCCUGUCUGCGGUGUCCUUCAGCGUGGCGUACAGCCACCUGCCACCUGCCGUGCAACUGGGCGGGGCCAUCGUGGCGGCCGUGGAGCAGGAUGCCGAACAGGAAGCUGCCACCGAGGAGCACCAUCGAGUGCAACGUGAGUGGAUGCAGACUGCCGAGCUGCAGCUGCAGAAACUCCUCAACGACGAGCUGAGUGCCGAGGAGAUGGGCAAUAUGCUGGAUACGUGGAUUACCGAAGGUCGCGGCAAGCAUCAGCACAAGAAGCAGCAGAAGAAGCUGGCCAAAAUGCUGUAUCCCGUGCUAGCCGCCGCAGCUGUGGCCAAAAUCGUUCUGCUGCCCUUGGUCUUGAAAUGGCUGACGGCGCUGUCGACCUCAUCAUUCGUUAUGGGAAAAAUAGCAUUAGCCACCUCCGGUAUGCUGGCCUUAAAGUGGAUUCUGUCCAGCGGGCAUGCACGGGAUCGCCUGGAGAUUAUUCAUUCAUCGGUCCCAUCAGUCAAGGGCUUGCACACGGCCCACGCCGCUGAUGUUGCGUCCAGCGGCACCAGCUGGAUGCCCAUCCGGCCACCCUACAUUCCUUUGGGUGUGACCAAGGAUGGCCCAACUUUUUACAAGCCAUUUUUAUAGGCCGGUUCGCUCGGCGAGAAUGAGAGUGAGAGUGCGAUUUAGAGAGGUCUCUUGCUACUUUUAGCCCAUAGACAUAUAAGGCCACGUAACUCCCCGACUUCAUCAGCAUUUAAUUAGCACAUGCCUCGGCCCGCUCUGACGUUACGACGACCCAUCGACCGCUCGACGGCUCUGCAGCGUGCCACAGAGCGCAGAAAUUAACAGCACUGCGCACGGUGCCGUUAUGCAUAUAACGGUUUAUUGCGCAUGCGCACAGGCCAGCCCUCGAUCGACCACAGACCACGGCCAAGACAUCACUAUCGCCGGCACUUCCGCAAGUGCGUGUGUUGCAAUGAAAGCCAACCAACGGCAGGCACGGCCAGGGUUAUGUAAAGACCAGAAAACUCAACCAACAGGUUGUCACAAAUCAAUCAGCAUGCAGCAGCGACAGGUGCUGGUGCGACUUGGGUGGGCCUUCGGUGUCGGUCACUGAAGGCAUACGGUUAGUACCCACAAGAUUGAAAGUAGGUAUGAAGAACUUCUCCCAUCCCUUCAUCACAUUUACACACAUCCAUUUUAAGUUUUUUGUACAUAACCGAAAGAAACGGCAUGUUAUUUAAAUCAGAGAGAUCAGAUAUUAGACAUAUAAAUUUAAUAAAAUAAAAGUUA